AUGAAUUUAACUGAACCACUUGCACCUAAUGCUGAAUGGGUUCAUGAAAGUUCGGCACAAGUUGAAAUUAAAUUGUAUCAUGGACAUAGAGGACCUAUUAAAUCAUGCCAAUUGAUUGAAAAUAAAAAUUGGCUUAUUACAGGAUCAAAUGACAAUACAGCACGUAUAUGGAAUUUUAGCAGUGGAAAGCAAAUUCAGGAAUAUAAACUUAAUCAUGAUAUGGCAGCUAUACCAGCAGUAAGAGUCAAUCAAGAAGCAACUCGUUUAUACUCAUGCAGUUGGGAUAAGACAGUUCGUUGUUUUGAUAUUGAAACUGGCAAAGAAAUUUGGAAAGGUAUUCAUGAACAUAUUGUUACAAAUUGUCAUAUAUCUCAUGAUGGUAAAUCUUUAUGUUCCGGUACUGAUUUAGAUAGUGUUCUUACUAUAUGGGAUACAGCAAGUGGUCUUAUGAGUUCUCGAAUACCUAAUGUACAUGAAUCAACUAUAACAAGUUGUCAAUUUAAUACGUUAGAUGAUCGAAUAAUCACAACAUCAACAGAUAAAACAACAAAAUUUUUCGAUCUUGUUUCUCAUCGUUCCACAAUGACAUUAAGAGGUCAUGAAGGAGUUGUAUCAAGUUGUACAUUCAAUAAAUUUGAACGAUUAUAUGCAACAUGUUCAUGGGAUAAAACAGUACUUCUUUAUGAUGCUACAGUUGGCAGUUUUAGACGUGAAGGUCCUUUAAUGUUACCAAAAUUACAUGAAGGAUCGAUCGCGGCAUGUCACAUGUCGGAUGAUGGCAAGCUUCUUGUUACUGGAGGAUAUGAUUUACGAGUUGUAUUAUGGGAUUUAGAAAAUAUGACACAUAAACUUGGACUACGUGGACAUCGUGAUUGGAUUAAUGAUGUCUGUUUAACAAGUGAUAAUAAAUGGAUUAUAUCAGUAUCAAAUGAUUGUGAUAUACGUUUAUGGCAUGUUGAAAAUUGUGAUAAUAUAAAACAAGUUAUAGAACAAAAUAAAACAUUAAAAAAUGCUAAAAUUGUCAAUUGUUCAAAAUGUGGUAAAAAUUUUUCUUCAAAUAAAUUAAAACGUGAUAAUAGUAAUAUAUUAUCAUCAGCACUUUUAUGUGUUUUUUGUCGUCUUGAAGAAAAACAACAUAAUGCAACCUAUAAUCAUUCAUUAAAUGAUUAUGAUCGACCAGCAGCAUUGAAUGAUCAAACAUCUCAUAAAUCCAAUUUAACUGAAAUAUUACCUCAACAUUAUUAA